UGCCCCGGCGCGGAGCCUCGUUGCGGAGGUCAAAAGGCAGAUUUGGGGAGGAAGAGGAGAGAGAAAGAGGGAAAAAGAAAAACCUGCCCUUCAGAAAUCCCUGUCCGUUCCCAAUCGAGGAGAUGAAGCGACCGCUCGAUGAAAAUCCAUCGGCUGUGGAGGAUCUGAAGAAGAAGAAGAGAAAGGAGGAAGAAGAGAUGGCGGAGGAGACGAGAUUCAUACAUCUAGACUCGGACCUUCUGUUCGAGGUGCUGAAGCACGUGGACGCGAGGUCGCUGGCCACCGCGGCGUGCGUUAGCAAGCAGUGGCACAAAACGGCGCAGGAUGAGCGGCUGUGGGAGAUGAUCUGUACACGUCACUGGGCCAACACCGGAUGCGUAACUCAACAGCUGAGAGCCGUCGUUCUCGCCCUUGGCGGGUUCCGUCGCCUCCACUCCAUCUACCUCAGGCCCCUUCUAAAACCCCAGCAACCAAAGACGCCUGUCCAUUGGGGGAUAGACGAAGUUCGUUUCUCGCUCUCGCUCCACUGCUUUCGCUACGACUUCAUUCCCUACCACGAGAAGAUGAAUCUAAAUAAGAGAGGGAGAUGA